GAAGGAGGAGCGAGAUCUGCGAGAAGGAAAGGAAGAUCUAAGCGAAGAUGAUGUCGGGAAAGUACACAACGAUUGAUGCGGAGCAGGUUGAGGGAUCUGUGCCUGCCGUUACAGAUCCAGGACACGUCACCGUCAAGUUCCAAGAUUCAAAUCUUCAGACAUUUCCUCCAUCUGGACCACAGGGGAAGAUUAUCGCUGGUUCUGGGCCUCCUCGUGAUGCCGAUGAUUCAUUUUCAAAACCUGUGUCUGGUUCUGAUGAAUCCCAGCAGGGUGGUUGGCUUCAGACUUUUACAGUUGCUGCUUACAAGCCAUACUUUGAUAUUGACACUUCAGAUGUUCUUGAGAGGAUUAUAGACUCACUAUUUCCAUUUAGAGGAACUUUUAAUGAAAAAACUGCUACCAACCCUGAUUUGUAUGGACCAUUCUGGAUUUGCACUACCCUAAUAUUUGUAGCAGCAUCUAUUGGCACAUUUGUGACAUACAUAGCACACAAGCUGAAGAGCAAGGAAUGGGAUUAUGACAUAAAUCUGGUGACUUGGUCUGCUGGUUUGUUUUACGGCUACGUUACCAUUGUUCCUCUUUGCCUGUAUGUAAUUCUCAAAUACUUCUCUGCACCAGCGGGCCUUGUGCAACUAUUCUGUCUGUAUGGAUAUUCUCUGUUUGUCUUUAUUCCAGCUCUGUGUAUGUCCAUUGUGCCACUAGAGAUAUUUAGAUGGGUGAUUGCAGGUGUGGCGGGGUUCAUGUCAGCAACAUUUGUGGCACUUAACCUCCGGGCACACAUCAAGUCAGCAGGGGAAAGGUGGUUCUUGAUUGUUGCUGGCAUUUUUCUACUGCAGCUGGCUCUAGCCGUUGUACUAAAGAUCUACCUCUUCACGGUAUCAGUUUAAGAGGACUCUGGACAGCUUGAACGAAAUACAUAGAACGAAGGUAUAGCUUUUUGGCAUUUUAGGUUUUCGUGGAUUAAACCAUUGUAGCUGAAAUACAAUUCACAUAUCAAACCAUCAUGUAUUCAUUCAUUUGUGGCAAUAUAGGCGAAUAACUUGUGAUUUUUAUAACUAGAAGCACUUGUUUUGACAUUGCAAAUGCAAGUUAUAGCGCGUGCUUUUACGAUUUUGUAUUACGGUUGUAAAUUGAAGCUUCUAUCAUAAAUAAUAGUUAUUGGUGCUGAGUAUAGAAUGGGUGAUUGUACUGG